AUGGGUCACGGCACCUAUCCUCGCGCGACCAAACUACGUAAUGGAUUGCUUCUUGGCGUGUACACCGCAUUCGAGAACGGAGAGAACGUCAUCGUUACAACGUAUUGCCCAGCUCUCAAUAAUAGCUUGGGUUGUUCAAUUCUCGAUGAUAACUUAGUUUGGGAGCGUCUUGGCGAGGUGACUCGAGGAAUCGGUGAUGUUGACAACCCAUUCCUCCUCCAGCUGAAAAAUGGGAAUGUCCUCUGCGCCUUUCGAAACCAUACCACGAACGCCGUGGGUCACCAGAUGUAUUUCCGGAUCACGAUCUGUGUCUCGGACGAUGGCGGUAGAUGCUGGAAGUAUCUUUCAACGGCGGAAGAGAGCUCAAACCCGGCGCGGGGCCUCUGGGAACCUUUCCUCCGUCUCGCCAAGGACGGCGAUCUCCAACUCUACUACAGCCGCGAAAACAGUCCCCUCGAUCAAGAUUCAAUCCAGCGCAUCUCCCACGACGACGGCCACUCCUGGGGAGAGGCCAAGGUGAUCUCGGGACAAGGGAUUUUGGCGAGAGAUGGGAUGAUAGGGGUUGCCGAGGUAUCACGUCUGUUGGUUGCUGUGUUUGAGACGGAUGAGGAUGGGAUUAUGCAUAUCAAAUCUGUCACCUCGCGUGAUGAUGGUAAGACGUGGGGAGACCGCUCAGUGGUUUACCGUGCGAAGAAAGGUGUUGCUGCUGCUCCGCAGGUUGCAGCGUGUGGUUUCGGACUCUUGGUCACUUUUCAGACAAAUGAGGAUGGAACUGGAUCGCGCUUGAAGGCAAUUUAUGGUCGUCCCGGGGACUGGCGGGUCAAGAUGCUGGUUGGACCUGAGGAAGGAGAGAGUGGUUGGGGUGGGAUUAUGAAAUUAGACGGGGGAAAUGUGCUGAUUUUGUUUGAUCACAAUGGCGGAUGCAAGACGAGGAAGAUUACUUAUACUGGUUAG